UUCCUGCUGGCCUCUCAGCAGAGGAUGUGUCUGGGAGAGAGAGUGCUUGAAGGGAAAAGGGGAAAGCCGUCAGUAGAAUGGAUAUGUGCCCUCUCUCCUCCACCCUUUCUUCUCCUUCCUCUUCUGUCUCCUCUACGGCUCUCCUCGCCCUUCUCUGCCUGCCUUGUGCACUGGUCACCCUCAGUGCUGGCCCUCGGGCGUUAAAGGAGUCUCGUCGGGUGGACGGGCGGCUGAAAACUGAACUUCAAUGUCAACUGGGGACCAGAAGAAUGGAGGUGACAAACCUAAAGGAUCAGAGGCUGCUGUAUGGCCAGAGGUGGAGCGGGCAGAGUGUUUGGCCCGCGGUGCUGCUCUAAAGUGGGCAUCAGGCGUUUUUUGUCGCCCAGAACAUCUGGAGCGACUGAGCCAAUACAAGAAGAGAGAGAGUCAGAGGACGGCCUCCAUCCACACCAGACUGAAGUCUAUGGUCCAAUCGUACCUGGAGGGGGUCGGCUGGGGUCUAGAGCAGCUCCGGGAGGCCCGGGAAGAGCUGAGGGAGGUGUCGCUCACUUUAAAGGAAGCAGGACUGGAGUCAGAUGGAAACACCGACUGUGUGACGUCUCUGGAGAAGCUGAGAGAAGCUUCAGUCAACCAUCAUCAGCUCUACGCCGCCGUCAGCAACCUGCCUCAACUUUACGCCAUACGGAGCAUGGUGCUGGAGACGGAGCGUCUGGUGGAGUCCAGGCGGCUCCUGGAGGCCCACUCACGGCUGAUGGAUCUGGAGCGCUGGCAGGACGACAUCCUCUGGCAGCUCCACGGGGCUGCUGGGAUGGCAGGAAGUUCGCUCAGCAGCGAAGACAAGGAGCUGGUGGCCAAAUAUUUCUCUGGAGUAGGGCAGCUGGUGGACGCCCUGGGGAAGGAGUUGUGGGCGGUGGUGAGCAGCUCUCUGGCUCUGGCCCGCCAGAAUCCCACCCCCUUCGUAUCAGCUGUGAGGAUAGUGGAGCGGGAGGAGGCCCUGGACCGAGCUCUGCUGGCGGAGAGAGGUGGGGCCACAGGCGGCAGCAGGCCCCUGCCUGCAGGGCGACCUCGCUGCUGGAGAGCUUGCUUCUUCCAGGUACUAGAGGAGGCAGUUUCUGCACGGUUUCGCAGCGUUUCCUAUCUGCACACACGUGGACCGGGUUUGGCGGGUCACCUCUCUGCUCUGCAGCACGCUGUCAUGGCAGACCUGGCCACAGUACGCCACCUGCUGGAGCACUGCGUCCCACCACAUUACCAGCUGACUGCAGCUUAUCUGAGAGCCAGCCACCGCUGUUUACAUGCUCACCUGGCGCAGGUUAGCAGCUGGGAUCUGGAGAGCGGUGAAAUAUUUGCUGUGCUCAACUGGGUGCUGCAUAUCUACAACAGCCAAGAUAUGAUGGGACAUCCAGAGUUGAUCACGGAGACGGAGAGAGCAGAGCUGGGACCUCUCAUCUCCACCGAGGGGCUCGAGCAGCUGCAGAGCAAAUAUGUGCAGAGUGUCCGGAAGAGUGUAUCUGAGUGGAUGCACAAGGCUCUGCAGGUGGAGCUGCAGGACUGGCAGAGAGAUCAGGAGCCAGAUACAGACCAUGAAGGUUUCUACCAAACCAGUCUGCCCACCAUCAUCACACAGAUGCUGGAGGAGAACACCCGGGUGGCUCUGAUGAUUGGAGAAUCACUGCGAGAUCAAACCAUUCAAAUGGGGCUGUACGAGAUAGAGAACCUACUCAACAGGUUUCGGGAAGCUCUAGUUGAAUUUGGGAAGGAGCACCGCAGGGAUCGGACCAACAACAAAAAUAAGUUCUACCUCCACUACCUGCUGGCUUCCAUCAGCAAUUGCAUCAUUCUCAAAAAGUCCACAGAGAGCCUUCAGCAGCAGCAGUCCUCCCGCUCUGCAGGACAGUUCUCUCGGACUCCCCCUAACCCUCUGGCCGCUCUGGAUCGGGCGGUGCGGCGGGCGUGUCGUCUGGUGAUGGAUCAGUUGUUGCUGGAACUUCAGCCCUUCCUUCCCUGCCUGCUGACCCGACCCUGGCUGGUCCAGGGUGAUCCCGUUCCGAAACUGUGCAGCGUUUUGGAAAGUCACUUGGACUUGUAUGGUCGAGUGCGGCCGCCCUGCUGGCAGCGGCUGCAGGAGGAGGCCCAGUGGCUGAUGGUGGUGGAGUACGUCCGGGCCUUGAUGCAGAAGAAGCUGGUGUGUCGCAGCGGCGAGGAGAGGAAGCAGCUCGCUCAGCAGAUGCUUCAGGAUGACCAGCUGUUCAGAGAAGUCUUCCACAGCCUGCAGGAAAGUGAGGUGUCAGUUCCUGAAGUUAAUCCUUUGGCUUUACUCCCCGUCCUGGCUGACUUCAUCCGUCUCAAGGAUCCGGGCAUGCUCACUCUGGAGAUUUCUGGACUUGCAGCCAAAUAUCCGGACAUCAGCGAGGAGCAUGUGUCUGUGCUGCUGGACGUCCGAGGUGACGUCUCCAGGGACAUCCGGGGGACCGUGCUGGACUUGCUGGAGCAGAGUGCCCCCCCUCUUCCAGCCGGAUACCGGCCCAUUUUUACAGACAUCCUGGUGCCUCCAUCCACCAUGGCCUUCUGUCUGCCAACAGCCAAGUGUGCGUGACUGGAUGGUGGAUCAAAUCAGGAAAAAUAUCUUCUUCUGUCUAGAUUUCUGUCAAUUACCAGAGGAUCGUGAUGGAUCUGUUUCUGCUGCAGUUUAUCAGGGAUAAAGUUUGUGACUUGCUGGUUCAGGUCUGACUUCUGUCAUUUUAAGGGUCUGUUGUGCCUUAAAUGAUUGUCUAUCCACCACAGGUGGUUUUCACAGUUAAUGCUACAGAUUUACUCUAAUAUGGGUUGAAAAUAUGCUUAAUAAAUGCUGAAAACGUUAUCAGUAAUGACAUAGAGCUCUAUUCAGAGAAUAUUUGUUUCCCUAAGGGGUCUAUAGUAAAAUUAUGUGCACCGGUUUGGGAAUUCAUUCCAAGCUAACCUACAGUGUAUCCAGUUUUCAUGAAAGAUAUUUGUUUCACUUGCCCAUGUAUUUGUGUAAAAAUUCAUCAAAUAUUUUUAGCGUUCUAUUAGAGGCAUGUUAACAUUAACAUAAACAAGCAAAUCUAGGAGUGAAUACAUAAGAAUCUACCCCCAGUGAAUGCAUUAAUGUUUUGUUAUAUCAGUUACAGAUGUUAACUCUGGUUUAAAAUAAUUACUUCCUUUAAUACUAUUAGGUCUUUUUUUUUUUUCCAAAAACUGGGCUUCAUCCAAGUUUUCUCUAUAUUUGUUGUUUAUACCAGAUGUUUUUAAUCUGUUCUUGUGUAUUUAUUGUAUUUAUGAGGUUUUUCUUUGUUGCUUUUCAGUUGCUGGUGUUUCAUGUUUUUGUAUCAAGAUUAUUUUUUGCAAAUAAAUUCCUCAUGUGCGCACUAUAAAUUCAAUCACAUGAAAGCUUAAAUAAAUUCUUUCUGAAGUAGA